GUCCUCAUCCCAUAAAGUAACUUUAUUGGUUUUAGCAUCUAGGUAAAGAACAUUUUCUUUUGAAUGUUCUUGUUCAAACUAAGGAGUCUACUCUAUGCUGUCCCUAUAAAUACACUAGCAUGGGAGCUUAAGUUCCAACAACCUUAAGCUUUGAACCCAUUUCUCUCUUUCCUACUUCACCUUCUCAAAGUCCAACCUCCCGCUACCAUUGGAUCGAAUGCAGUCUGAAUUCGAUCCCGAGGUCUUUAAGCUUUAAGUGAAAUCUACAGUUAACCAAGGGACUUCGCCAACUUAAAAACGUUUUCUUCGUCCCAUGUUAUUUACUGUCUUCACUACAGAACUUGGCACAUAUUAAGCAAACAUUGUCAAUCAGGAUUUCAACAUGGACAAGGUGAUGAGAUUGGCCUCGGAGAAAGGGGUAGUGCUAUUCAGCAAGAGCUCAUGUUGCUUGUGUUAUGCAGUCAAAAUUCUAUUUCAAGAGCUUGGGGUUACCCCUACGAUUCAUGAGAUCGACGAAGACCCUGAAGGCAGGGAAAUGGAGAAAGCUCUCAUGAGGUUGGGGUGUAACGCGCCUAUUCCAGCUGUCUUCAUUGGUGGAAAGCUGGUGGGUUCCACCAAUGAAGUCAUGUCCCUCCAUCUAGGUGGAGGGCUGAUACCUUUGCUGAAGCCCUAUCAGACUUUGUGUUAAAUUUAAGUACUUCAAUAUCACACUGAAAGAAUAAAAUUGGCUCAAAUCAGUAGUCUCUAGUCAUGAGCUGUGUAUUGUGUAGUCUGUGUAGCUUUCUACGUCUCAUGUGCUCUGUAGCUUUGGGUUUAGCUCUCUAGCAUGUAAUCUAUUUCUAUUUCUUAAUGAAGUUAACUUUAUAUACUUUUCUGCUUUCGAGCUCUCAGAGAAUUCGAAUGAUUACUGUAUGUUAUUCGGAUGCUUAAUUCAUUCAUUGGAAUUACUUUAUGCAAUUAGUUUAUUCAUUAUUCCAAUUGUGAAGCCAUUUGUAUAAUGUACAAAUGUAAAUUAUAUAAACAUGAACAAACUUCUCAUUCUUGCAGCAACUCCUGAAAAG